AUGGUCCGGCAAGAUCUUGUGACAAUCGAAAUGUUGUUCGCUCUCAUACCACUGUGCUUCCUCCUGAUCAACGUAGAGGCUCUAAGUAGAUGCCCUACCUACACAGCGAAGGAAGAAUGGUACUCGACGUUCAAUCGGUUCCUCAACCCUCAGCUAAAAUGGGACCCAGGACUUUCCAGUGACGCUUGUAACGAAGCCAGAGGUGUUGUGGCCUCUAAUGCACCUCAUAAGUUCACGGCUGAAAGAACCUUUGCGAGAGGUGGGUCAGUCCCAGUCAUGAUUGGACUAACCCUAAUAAACGGUUUGGGAGACGAAACAGCACAAACGGAUGGAUGUACGCAACCUUCCUGCACGCACCAGGUAUGGAUGCAACAGCUUCUUCAAAGGGAACCUAGUAAAAGUCGUCUGUGUCUACAAGGAAUGAUUCUCCUUCUGCAAGUACGCAGCUGGAAAGCAACAUAA